GUACUCGUAAUAGCCGUCAUGAAGGGCGUUUGUGUUCGCGAGGUGGUGAUUUUAUAAAAAUAACAGUUAUUUUAACUUAUGAACAUAAGUUUAUCAGUGAGACCGACGUUAUUUAAGCAACAUUUGAUAAUAGGUAACCAGCUUUGCUGGUGAGUCAACAGAAUGACCACCGAUAUCAGUAUAGUAAGGUGGGAUCCCACCUUGCAACAAGAGAUUGUUGAAGACUAUGAGUACGAUGGUGGCAAUUCAUCUUCUCGGCUUUUCGAACGAUCUCGUAUUAAAGCUUUAGCGGAUGAGAGAGAAAGCGUUCAGAAGAAGACUUUCCAGAAAUGGGUGAACUCUCACCUGGUCCGGGUAAAUUCCCGCAUUACCGAUCUUUACACCGACAUGCGAGAUGGCAAAAAUUUGAUCAAAUUAUUGGAAGUAUUAUCGGGCGAACGUCUGCCUCGUCCAACCAAAGGAAAAAUGCGUAUUCACUGCCUGGAAAACGUCGAUAAAGCUCUGCAAUUUCUCAGAGAGCAACGUGUUCAUUUAGAAAAUAUGGGAUCGCAUGAUAUUGUCGAUGGCAAUCCUCGAUUAUCAUUGGGUUUAAUUUGGACCAUCAUUCUCCGAUUCCAAAUUCAGGAUAUUACAAUCGAAGAGACGGAUAAUCAAGAGACAAAGUCGGCCAAAGAUGCAUUGUUGCUGUGGUGUCAGAUGAAAACAGCCGGUUAUAACAACGUCAACGUUAGAAAUUUCACCACUUCAUGGAGGGAUGGUUUAGCUUUCAACGCACUCAUUCAUAAACAUCGUCCCGAUUUGAUACAAUUUGAAAAAUUAUCCAAAUCAAACCCUAUUCACAAUUUAAAUAAUGCGUUUAAUGUAGCUGAAGAUAAAUUGGGUUUGACGAAACUUCUCGACGCUGAAGACGUUUUCGUGGAACAACCGGACGAAAAAUCAAUCAUUACAUAUGUCGUAACUUAUUAUCACUACUUUAGUAAGAUGAAACAGGAAACGGUUCAAGGAAAACGUAUCGGAAAAGUCGUCGGAAUUGCUAUGGAGAAUGACCGAAUGAUUAAAGAAUAUGAAUCACUAACAAGUGAUUUAUUGGCGUGGAUCGAAGCCACAAUUAAAGCCUUGGGAGAGAGACAAUUCGCUAAUAGUCUUGUUGGGGUACAACAGCAAUUAGGCCAGUUCAAUAAUUACCGUACCGUCGAGAAACCUCCGAAAUUUGUCGAAAAGGGCAACUUGGAAAUCCUCCUCUUUACUUUACAGUCGAAAAUGAGAGCUAAUAAUCAACGACCUUACACCCCGAAAGAAGGCAAAAUGAUUUCGGAUAUUAAUAAAGCUUGGGAACGGUUAGAAAAAGCCGAACAUGAACGAGAACUUUCUUUACGUGAAGAAUUAAUUCGACAGGAGAAACUCGAACAAUUGGCUGCUCGUUUCAACCGAAAGGCUAGCAUGAGAGAAACUUGGUUGAGUGAAAAUCAAAGAUUAGUCUCACAAGAUAAUUUUGGUCAUGACUUGACCGCGGUUGAAGCUGCAGCUAAGAAACACGAAGCUAUCGAAACCGAUAUUCUUGCGUAUGAAGAAAGAGUUCAAGCUGUUGUUUCAGUAGCUGGUGAACUCGAAGCUGAAAACUACCAUGAUAUGGAGAGGAUUAAUGCACGAAAAGAAAACGUCCUACGCCUUUGGAAUUAUCUCCUGGAAUUGCUUAGAGCACGUAGACACCGCUUGGAAUUGUCUUUACAAUUACAACAAAACUUCCAAGAAAUGCUCCAUAUUCUCGAUGCCAUGGAGGAAUUGAAAGCACGUCUUUUAACAGACGACUACGGCAAACACCUUAUGGGUGUUGAAGACUUACUACAGAAACAUAAUCUACUCGAAGCCGAUAUUAACAUACUUGGUGAUCGGGUCAAAGCUGUAGCUAAUCAGUCGCAACGUUUCCUAGAUGUGGAAAGUGAAGAAGGUUAUAAACCAUGUGAUCCAGCUUUAGUAUUGGAAAGAGUCCAACAACUUGAAGAUGCCUACGCUGAGUUGGUGCGUUUGGCGGUAGAUCGUCGAUCACGACUUGAAGAAAGUCGAAAAUUGUGGCAAUUCUAUUGGGACAUGGCCGAUGAAGAAAACUGGAUCAAAGAAAAGGAACAGAUUGUUUCAGCAGCCGACAUCGGGCAUGAUCUCACCACUGUUAACUUGCUACUAAGCAAACACAAAGCUUUAGAAAACGAAAUUACUGGACACGAACCUCAAUUGGAUGCAGUUGUGGGAAUUGGAGAAGAGUUGGUGAAUUCCGGACAUUUUGGUGCAGAAAAAGUGCAAGAAAGAUUAACGGAAAUUCGCGGAGCUUGGAAACAUUUGUUGGAUUUGGCGGCUUAUCGCAGAAAACGAUUGGAGGAUGCUGUAGAUUAUCACCAACUUUUCGCAGAUGCUGAUGAUGUUGAUAUUUGGAUGUUGGAUACUUUGAGACUUGUGUCUAGCGAGGAUGUUGGUCGAGAUGAAGGAAAUGCACAAUCGUUGCUUAAGAAACAUAAGGAUGUUACUGAAGAACUUAAGAAUUAUGCCAGCACCAUUGAAGCCUUACAUCAGCAAGCUCAACAGUUGGGACCAGAAGUAGCCGAUUCUCCGGAAGUCUCUCAAAGGUUGGCUUCUAUUGACAACCGGUAUAAGGAAUUACUCGAGUUGGCUAAACUCAGAAAACAGCGUUUGUUAGAUGCACUCUCUUUGUAUAAAUUACUGUCGGAAAGUGAUGGAGUUGAGCAAUGGAUCAGUGAGAAAGACAGAAUGUUACAAACUAUGGUACCUGCACGUGACAUUGAAGAUGUCGAAAUUAUGAAACAUCGUUAUGAUGGUUUCGAGAAAGAAAUGAACGCAAAUGCUUCAAGAGUUGCUGUUGUUAAUCAACUCGCACGUCAAUUGUUACAUGUUGAACAUCCAAAUUCUGAACAGAUUACAGCAAGACAAAAUCAACUCAAUCAAAAAUGGGCUGAAUUGCGUGAAAAAGCAGAAGCUAAACGAGACGAACUCAAUUCAGCACAUGGUGUGCAAACAUUCCAUAUCGAAUGUCGUGAAACUACGACAUGGAUCGAAGAUAAAAUUCGGAUUUUACAAAGUACUGAUAGUUUAGAGAUGGAUUUGACCGGUAUUAUGACACUUCAACGACGUUUGUCCGGAAUGGAACGUGAUUUAGCUGCAAUUCAAGCUAAACUCACUUCUUUGGAGAAAGAAGCUGCCAGUAUUGAGACUGAACAUCCGGAGGAAGCAGCCGUUAUUAGGGAAAGAAUUGUUCAAAUACAGAUCAUAUGGGAACGAUUGACUCAGAUGUUGAAAGAGCGUGAUUCGAAAUUGGAAGAAGCCGGUGAUUUGCAUCGCUUCUUGCGUGAUCUUGACCACUUCCAAGCCUGGCUUACGAAAACACAAACCGAUAUUGCCUCAGAAGAUACUCCCAAUUCGUUGGCAGAAGCCGAAAAUCUUUUGUCACAACAUCAAAGCAUUUGCGAGGAGAUUCACAAUUACACCGAUGAUUACACUAAGAUGAUGGAAUAUGGUGAGAAAAUCACUGCCGAUCCUAGCACCCAAGAUGACACUCAGUACAUGUUCCUGAGAGAAAGACUGAAGGCUCUGAAGGAUGGCUGGGAUGAAAUCCAUCAAAUGUGGGAAAACCGGCAAAAACUUCUAUCACAGUCUCUUAGCUUACAAUUGCUUGAUCGAGAUGCCCGACAAGCUGAGGUCAUUCUUAACCAACAAGAGCACACUUUGUCUAAAAUCGAGACUCCUACGACACUCGAACAGGCCGACAAUCAAUUGAAAAAGCACGAAUCUUUCAUCACGUCUAUGGAGGCAAACGAUGAUAAGUUUAACGCAGUUAUCCAGUUUACGAAUCGUCUCAUUGAUGAAGGGCAUUUCGCGUCAGAUAAAAUCGCAAAACGUGCUGACAAUAUUGACCAACGCAGAUUAGCAAUCAAGGAGAAAGCUUUAGCUUUAAUGGAAAGACUGAGAGACCAAUUGGAAUUGCAACAAUUUUUGAGAGAUUGUGACGAAUUGGGAGAAUGGAUCCAAGAGAAACACAUCACAGCCCAAGAUGAGACAUACCGAUCGGCGAAGACAGUCCACUCGAAAUGGACACGACAUCAAGCUUUCGAGGCCGAAAUUGCGGCCAAUAAAGAGCGACUUCUUAAUUUACAAAAGACGGGCGAAGAUUUGGCUAAGGAAAAGCCGGAAUUUGCAAGUGAAAUUAAACCGAAAAUUGAGGAACUCAUCGACCAAUUUGAUGUUUUGGAACAGACGACUAAAGAAAAAGGCGAACGCUUGUUUGACGCUAACCGUGAAGUACUCAUUCAUCAAACAUGCGACGAUAUCGACUCGUGGAUGAACGAUUUAGAGAAACAAAUCGAAAGCGACGACACUGGCUCUGAUCUAGCCUCAGUCAACAUUCUUAUGCAGAAACAACAGAUGAUUGAGACACAAAUGGCAGUGAAAGCUCGUCAAGUGGACGAAUUAGAAAAGCAGACAAAACAUCUCGAGACUACAACACCACCACCGAAAUUGGAAGAAAUCAAAGUGAAAAAAUCACAAGUGGAACAACGCUUCGAACAACUCAAACAACCACUUCUCGAAAGACAGAGAGUUUUGGAAAAGAAAAAGGAAGCGCUACAAUUUCGACGAGACAUUGAAGAUGAACUUUUGUGGAUCGCUGAAAAAAUGCCACAAGCAUCGUCGACCGAAUACGGCAAUAGUCUCUUCCAAGUCCAUAUGUUAGAAAAGAAAAAUCAAUCAUUACGAACCGAAAUUGAAAAUCACGAACCUAGAAUAAAUACAGUUUGUAACAAUGGUCAAAAAUUGAUCGAUGAAGGACACGAAGAUUCUCUCGAAUUUGGUCACUUGAUUAGUGAACUUCAUAAAGCUUGGCAAGAAUUGAAAGAUGCUGUGGAGAAACGUAGGGAGAAUUUGUUACGCAAUGAACGUGCCCAACAGUAUCUUUUCGAUGCUAAUGAGGCUGAAAGUUGGAUGAGUGAACAAGAGUUGUAUUUGAUGGUGGAAGACCGUGGUAAAGAUGAAACUUCCGCUCGUAAUUUGAUGAAGAAACACGAAAGUUUGGAAGCAGCAGUGGAAGAUUACGCUGAUACAAUCCGAUCUUUGGGUGAGACAGUCCGUGCUUUGGCGGCCGAAGGACAUCCUUUGGCGGAACAAGUGGCAGUAAAACAAUCACAACUUGACAAGUUAUACGCCGGAUUGAAAGAUCUCGCCGGCGAACGUCGAGGCAAAUUAGACGAAGCUUUGAAACUGUUUCUUUUGCAUAGAGAUGUUGAGGAUUUGGAACAAUGGAUUGCUGAUAGGGAAGUGGUGGCUUCGUCACACGAAUUGGGUCAGGAUUACGACCAUGUGACAUUGUUAUGGGAGCGAUUUAAGGAGUUUGCUCGUGACACUGAGUCAAUUGGUAGAGAACGAGUGGCUGCAGUUACCGACAAUGCCGACCGUUUGAUCGAAGCUGGUCAUUCCGAUUCGGCCACCAUCGCCGAAUGGAAAGACGGAUUGAAUGAGGCAUGGCAGGAUUUAUUGGAAUUGAUCGAAACUCGCACACAAAUGCUUGCAGCAUCACGAGAAUUGCACAAGUUCUUCCACGAUUGUAAAGAUGUUUUAGGACGAAUUCUCGAAAAACAAGUUUCUAUGUCGGAUGAAUUGGGACGUGAUGCCGGGUCUGUAUCAGCGCUUCAGAGAAAACAUCAGAAUUUCUUACAAGAUUUACAAACUUUGCAAUCACAAGUGCAACAAAUUCAAGAAGAGUCGAAGAAAUUGCAGGCUAGUUAUGCCGGUGAUAAGGCGAAAGAAAUAACAAAUAGAGAACAUGAAGUUAUCGCUGCUUGGGCUGCUUUACAAGCAGCUUGUGAUCAACGACGAGGCAAACUGGCCGAUACUGGUGACUUGUUUAAAUUCUUCAAUCUUGUAAGAACACUAAUGCAAUGGAUGGAUGAUGUGAUCAGACAAAUGAAUACGAGUGAAAAACCGAGAGAUGUCAGCGGUGUGGAACUAUUAAUGAACAAUCAUCAAAGUUUGAAGGCUGAAAUUGACGCUAGAGAAGACAAUUUUACUGCUUGCAUUUCGCUAGGAAAGGAAUUGCUUAAUCGUAAUCAUUAUGCGAGUGCUGAAAUUAAAGAUAAACUAGUUACUUUAAGUAAUCACAGAAAUUCUGUUUUGCAACGAUGGGGAGAAAGAUGGGAGAAUCUGCAAUUAAUUCUUGAAGUUUAUCAAUUCGCGAGAGAUGCAGCUGUUGCUGAAGCUUGGCUAAUCGCUCAAGAACCGUAUUUAAUGAGUACUGAGUUAGGGCAUACCAUUGACGACGUUGAGAAUCUUAUCAAGAAACAUGAAGCGUUUGAAAAAUCAGCAGCAGCACAGGAAGAAAGAUUUAGUGCUCUGGAGCGAUUAACAACAUUUGAAUUGCGAGAAAUUCAGCGAAGAAAAGAAGCACAAGAAGCUCAAGAAAGAGCGAGACGUGAACAAGAGGAAGCAGAACGACAAGCGGCGUUAGCAGCAGCACAGCCUAAACAGGCUGAAGCUGCAAUGACUGAUCGACCGGAUUCUGGAACGCCUGCCGAAGAACGACCAGUGCAUGGACGACAACAACAAACUCGUCCUGGCAGUGCUCCGGUUUCCCCCCGGGUGCAAUCAACACCCACAACAUCACCCCGCUCACAAACACUAUCGAGAGCUGAAGAGAAGGCGAAACGUAAGGACCGCUCUCGAAGCAAGUCCCCCUUCCGUAGUUUCCGAUGGAAGAAGGGAUCUUCUAAGACUUCUGGAGCUGUCAGUGAUGACGAAGCUGCAGGAACAUCAGAACGCGGCAGCCCAGGUGAUGAAGAAGCCUUUGAGGGUGUUUUAACUCGCAAACACGAAUGGGAAAAUACGACCACCAAAGCUUCGGUUAGAUCAUGGGACAAAGUAUACGCUGUUUUACAAGGCUCUCAGCUUUCCUUCUAUAAAGAUUCCAAAGUCGCUCGUACAACUCCUGAUCAGACGUUCAAAAAUGAAAUCCCUCUUUCCUUGCACAAAGCUAAUGCUUCCAUAGCCCAAGAUUAUAAAAAGAAAAAGCACGUUUUCAGAUUAAAAUUGGAAAGUGGUGCAGAAUUCUUAUUCCAAGCACAUAACGAUGCGGAAAUGAACACAUGGAUCUCUCGCAUAAACGCCCAGGCGGAUGUCGAUUCUUCUGGUCCUUCGCGUUCACAGACAUUGCCUGCGUCUGCUCAGAAAGAAGAUUCGAAACGUCGCAGCUUUUUUACUCUUAAGAAAAACUAAUUUAUGCUAUCUGUACGCUUUACCUGAUUCUGACUGGGUCGUUCAGUCUUCGCCCUUUAACCUUUUCUUUUUAUAUAUAGUUCAUGUAGUUUGCACAUUCUAGUAAUAUUUUAAUGUAUAGUAAUAUAUAUUAUGUGAUUAAAAAUGUUGACUGGAGCACAAGGAAUAUUGCCUUCAGCCCGAUGUUCGAUUAUUUAUUGAAUAAAAUAAGAUAUCUAACUUUUCAUAUACAGAAAAGUUGAUUUUCAAAUCCCCUACCUAAUCUAAUACAUGGCCGUACUGACAUUUCCGCUGCUUUACGUUUGUAUCCUUGUUAAUCUGUUGCAAUACUGUCUUUAAGCUUGCUUAGCAAGGUGAGGUGACGAGUCAUUUUUAUUAUAUUCAUUUUGUAAUAAUUUGUAGAGUUAUGUCUAUUUUACAUAUAAAAUUGUGUGCUUUUAAAAAUGGAGUUAUAAUAAAUAAAUAUUGUUUUUAGUAA